GGUGAGGCGGGUGGAGCCGCAGCCCCAGCCCGGGGCUGGACGGGAGGUGUGUGGUGCCAGCAGCAGAGCAGGAAGGAAACCUCUUGUGCUGAGGGAAGGAGCUGUCAAGAAGGAGGACAAGCCCAUCCUGCAAGGAACUCGCUGGAGCCAGGCUAUCCUGCCUCUGAAAAACCAGACUGGAAUGGGAAACAUGCCUGAGGGAACACCCGUGGUGUGAGCUGGCCGGGGAGGAGCUGGGGCUGGGGGCGUUGGUCCUGCCCGGUGGGAUGAAGAUGCUGGGGGAGGAGGGAGCUCUGCCCCGCUGGGAUUCCCUCGUGGUUCCUGUCCUGGAUCAUCCACAACGUGCUGAUGGGGGCAAAGCAGCAGUGAUGUGUCCCCACGGCUUUGUUGGACAUGGCAGUAAGACAGAGCUGAGAACUCCUGGCACCAGAGCAAUGCCAGCCCAAAGGGCCUCUUGCUGCUUCAGAGAGCACCUGGGCAAGGACUGAAGCCCUGCUGCCACCUGCAAGGGAGGAAGGACAUCUGUGUGCCCAAGGCCACAGCCAGUGCCCUGCGGAGAUGGCGAGUGCAGAGCCCGGCUCUGAGGAUGCAGCUGAGGCUGAAGAGGCCGUCUAUGAGGUGAUGCCCUGCGACAGGACGGAGCUGAGCCAGCGGCUGGCCGUGGAGGAGCUCAUCAGCACCGAGGCCAGCUACGUCCACAACAUGCAGCUGUGCAUGUCCGACAUCCGGGCGCACCUCCAGGAGAAGCAGCUGCCUGAGCUGGACCUGGAAGGACUCUUCUCCAACACCGAUGACAUCCUCCAUGUCUCCAGGAGGUUUCUGAAGGGGCUGGAGGCCACGGCCGGCCAGGGCCAGGAGCAGCUGCUCUCCAUCAGCACGCUGUUCCAGGAGUUCAAGGAAGAGAUGGAGGCUGUCUACAAGAUCUACUGUGCCAGCUACGACCACGCCCUGCAGCUGGUGGAGAGCUACCGCAGGGACCCCCGGCUGCAGGAGGAGAUCCUGGACACCCUCAGUGCCACCGUGCCUCACACGGGUGCAUCAGACCUCAGCUUCUUCCUGGUGAUGCCCGUGCAGAGGGUCACCAAGUACCCUCUGCUGCUGGGGAAGAUCCUGGAGAACACCCCGAGCAGUGCCAGUGCCCACUCAGCCCUGCAGGCAGCAGCUCGUGCCAUGGCCCAGGUCAAUGCCAACAUCAACGAGUACAAACGGCGCCGGGAAGUGGCGACCAAAUACAACAAGGCCGAGCACCUGACGCUGCGGGACCGCCUGGCGCGCCUCAACACCCACUCCAUCGCCAAGAAAACCACGCGCCUCAGCCGGCUCCUCAUGCACGAGGCUGGCAUCGUGGCCAAGACUGAGGACAAGGAAUACGAUGACCUGGAAGAGAAGUUCCAGUGUGUGGCAUCCAGUGUGGCCACGCUGAAGGAGAACAUGGCAUCCUACCUGGGCCACUUAGAGGCGUUCCUGCUGCCCACCCCGCACCAGCGUGACCUGCAGAUGGAGCAGGGGCCAGCCCAGCAGCAGCGCCGCCUCGCCCAGCUCCUGCACAGCACCGUGCUCCCCGAGUUCAAGCGGCGUGUGGACAGGCUGGUGUGGCAGCCCCUGUGCAGCCUCUCAGACAUGCUGGAGGGGCCCCAGCAGCUGGUCAAGAAGCGCCUGGACAAGCUGCUGGACUACGAGGAGAUCCAGGAGAGGAAGAGCGAGACGGGCAGCGUGAGCUACGAUGAGGAGGCUGCCAUGAACACCUACCUGGCCAUCAAUGACCUGCUGGUGGCCGAGCUCCCCCAGUUCAACCAGGUGGCCCUGCAGCUCCUGGGGCAGAUCCUGCGCUCCUUCAGCGCCCUGCAGCUGGACUUGGCUGCCCAGGUCCUGCACCACGCAGAAAAGGAGCUGGAGCAGCUGCCCCAUGGGCACAUGCCCCUGCCCAGCUUCUGGAAGGUGGUGGAAGACAGCCUGCAGCAGUCGGGGGCUCAGCUCCGUGCCUUCUGCCAGGCCUUUGAGACUGUCACACCCAGCCCUGGCACACAGCCUCUGACCCCUGCUGAGGAGAGGAAGGUCCUUUCCCUCGUGAGCAAGCACGGCCCAGACAAGCUCUACCAAGUGACCAGCAACAUCAGUGGCAGCAGAGACUUGGACCUGACCUUGCUGAGGGGACAGAUCGUGGCUCUGCUGCAGAGCGCCGACACCAAGGGCAACACCAGCAGGUGGCUGGUGGAUGCUGGAGGGCCCCGAGGGUUCGUUCCUGCUGCGAAGCUCCGGCCCUACAGCCCAGGACAAGUGCAGCAGCCUGUGAUGCAGCUGCUGGGCCUGGACGGUGGCACAGAGAAGAGGAGACAUUCCUAUGCAUCCCCUGAAGCUCCCAGGCCACAGGUGGCCACCUUCACCCCAACAUUCCAGGUGGUGGCCGGCUUCUCCUUCACCGCCCGGAGCCCGCAGGAGCUGAGCCUGCAGGCGGGGCAGCCCGUGCUGCUGCUGGAGCCCCACGACAAGAAGGGCAGCACGGAGUGGAGCCUGGUGGAGGUGAACGGCCAGAGGGGCUACGUGCCCUCCAGCUACCUGGUGACGGUCCCCGUGCAGGACCCGGCGGGCUGGAGCCUGCCCGUGUGAGCGUGCCAGCCCCGGCAAGGGCAAGGAUGGGAGCGGCCAGCUUGGCACCCGAGGACACCUCACAGGAGAUGCCGGAGGGAGGCAGCCCCCGGCUGGGAAGGUGGUGGGAGGCACCCGGGGGACACGGGCACGAGGAUGGCACUCGGGAGGCACCUUUCGGCGGGAGGUGUGAGGGUGCAGGUCCCGCGUGUGUGUUGGCACAGAGCACAGCAGCAGCAGGGGGUGAGGGCGGGUGGCUGCAGAUAGCCAGGGAUUUGCUGCAAUCCCUGCAGGUGACAAACGCGUCCCGGGGAGAUGAGGCAGCGCCGUCCCUGGUUAGAGCAGGAUCGAGCAGCAGAGGAGCAGCACUGCAGAGGGGUCCUCAGCCAGGCAGGGGGCACUCGGACACCUGGGCACUGAGCACUGGGGCACUGGGCACCUGAGCACUUGGGCACUGGGCACUGGGCACCUGAGUACCCGAGAAUUUGUCUACCUGAGCAUCUGAUAAUUUGGCUACUUGGGCACCUGAGGGCCUGAGAAACUGGGCACCUGAGUACUUGAUAAUUUGGCUUCCUGGGCACCUCAGUACCUGAGAAACUGGGCACUUGGGCACCUAAGAAUUUGGCCACCGGGCAACUGGGCACCCGAGAAUUUGGCUACUUGGUCACCUGAGUGCCUGAGAAACUGGGCAUCUGACACUUGGGCACUGGGCACAUGAGUACCUGAGAAUUUGGCUCCCUGGGCACCUGAGCCCCGUGGCAGCGCUGGGCCGCGGCCGCCAGAGGGAGCCCCGCACCAGCUCCCAGUGCCCGCCGGGCUCGUCCCGGGAGCGCCGCUGCGGCACAGCCCGGCUCGUACCGGGAGCGCUGGUGCGGCAGAGCCCGGCUCGUACCGGGAGCGCUGGUGCGGCACUGCCCGGCUCGUCCCGGGAGCGCUGGUGCGGCACAGCCCGGCUCGUCCCGGGAGCGCUGGUGCGGCACAGCCCGGCUCGUCCCGGGAGCGCUGGUGCGGCACUGCCCGGCUCGUACCGGGAGCGCUGCUGCGGCACAGCCCGGCUCGUACCGGGAGCGCUGGUGCGGCACUGCCCGGCUCGUACCGGGAGCGCUGCUGCGGGACAGCCCGGCUCGUACCGGGAGCGCUGGUGCGGGAGUGCGCGGGCACCGCCCGGGGCACCGAGAUCGCCACUCCCGGGACUCCCGGCCUUGCGACCCGCACACAUCCCCGGCAGGCUGACACAGCUCCCAUGGAAGAGGUUUUCGGGAGAAUCAGUCCGUGUCGGUCCUCACCCAAGGCUCGGUUUGAGAACGGAGAGAGCCCCCUCCCGCCAUUCCCGAGGUAUCCGUGCCUCAGUUUCCCCGUGGCUGCACCGUUAGGGGAUGCUGACGGGGCUGAGGUGGGCAGCCCUGCCGUGAUGCCAGAGGGAUCUUGAGGGGCGCCGCGGGACUGGCACGGCACGCUGCCCAUCCCUGACCGAGGCCAGUGGAGCGCCCGGCUGGCGUCGCCCCGGCUGCCCUGGGCUCUGGCGCUGCCCGCAUCAAAGGUGCCCGCGCCGGCUGGCGAGCGCUGGCACGCCGUGCCCUGCACCCUGCCCUGCCCUGCCCUGCCCUGCCCUGCCCUGCCCUGCCCGGGGGCAGCAGCACGCCCGGCCACCCACGGGCUCCCCGCGGGCCCCGCAGUGCGGCCGGGGCUGCGGGCUGGGCAGCGGGGCAGGGCUGGCACGUCCUGUCCCAACCCUGAGCAGGUGCCAGGCGGGUGGGGACAGCCCCAGCGCUGCCCUGUGCGUCCCCUGGCUGGGGCUGGGGUCUGGUGUGAAGCAGAGUGGGGCUCACCCUCCUUUCACCUGGACCUGUGGGGUGGCUGGGGGGCAGCCACCUCUGCCCAGGUGCCAUUGAAAGGCCCGAGGAAAUGCUCACCUACACCAAACCUGGCAGGGGACAGCAGUGCCAGAGCUGGGGACAUGUCCUGGGGAUGCUCCCAGCCUGGGAAAAGGCUGCUGGGCUCCUCAGCAAGGGAGAAUGAGUAGGCUGGGGACAAGGGUCACUGAGCAGGGGCUGUGUGUCUGCGCUUGCCCACCCAGCCCAGGCCCCGCAGCCACAGGGCUCACCCCUCCAGCUCCCUGCAGGUGGCUCCUCUGGAUUUUUCCAUCCCUAAUCAAAUCCCACCAGGUCGGGUUUCCCUCCCGAGUCACCUUGCUGCCAGCUCGCUGGGGUGCACAAGCAGCCGGCCCCGUGCCAGCCAUGGCAGCAGUCGGGCAGGUCCUGCUCCACAGCCCUCGGGGGCCUGGGACCCUCUGGGGGCUGAAAGGUGACGGUGGCACACGGAAUGCUGAGCCUGCUGCUGCCUGGGCCCUGAUCUUCCCACGGGAAGGAGAUCUGGGGCGGUCAGGGACAUCCAGCAGGACGAGGGCAAUGAGUUCAGGUGGCUCCUCCAGCUGUGGGUGCCGAGGGCUGAGCUGGGCUCUGCAGUUCCCCCAGCCCUGCUGCCAGCCUCGAUGGCCAGGGCACCUUCCCCAGGGGUCUGUCCCCAGCACAGGCACUUGGCUGCAGGAUUGGGUGCCUGCAUCCCUCCCUUCUCCCGUGAAUUCACCCCAAGUCACGGCUCUGCUGCUGCCCUGAGCCUGGAAGUGCCCUCUUGGCGUCACGGGAGGGCACGGGGCUCUUCCAGCCCAAACAUGAGGGGGAUAAAGGGCACAAGCGUGCCUUUAAAUAGCCUCUCAAGGACAGGCUCUCCCGGGAGGAAUGCUCUGGCUGGCCCGGUGGAACAUGCCUGUGCCCGGGGGCACGGGGGGACAGCCGGGCAGGGCUGGCUGCUCGCCGGGACGCCAGGUCAAGGUUAGGCACGGCCCUGGCCCGGUGCCACCGUGCCAUGGCCUGGCAGCGGGGAAGCAGAGCCGUGCAAACAGGGAAAUGCGUGCCAGGCCAGGCUUUGCCGUGCCCGGGGCUGAUCCGGAGGUGGCAGCGGACCUGCCCUCCAGCCCGCCCGGGAUUUGGCAGCGGCGCUGCCGGGGCAGCCUCCGGGGCAGCUCCGUUUGUCCCGGAGCGGCUGCUGCGCUCCUGUCCGGCUGAUUCAUAUCCUGGACGUGCAGGCGUUUGGAUAUUGUCCACCCGCGGGUGUGACAGCGCGGCUGUGUCCCCAGGGCGCGGGUGCCAGCCCGGCCACGUGCCCGGAGCAGCUCCGGCUCUGCUCCCCGGGGACGCGGCGGGGCCACGAAACACAUCCCAGGUGAGAUGCCGGGAUGCCAGGAGGAAGGCUGAGUGCCCAGGUGUCCUUGUGCCCAUCGGCUCUGCUGGGGCACCCCGGGGGCAGGGAGGAGUGAGAAAAAGCGGCUGCCACAAGCCCAGGCUCCCAAUCCCAGAGCCAUCCCCUCAGCACGAGGUGCAGAAAGGAGAGGGCAAAAAGGCUCGGAGGGGAGAGCCAGGAGGAGCAGGGCGGCCGGAAGGGCACAGCCAGCCCGAGUGGCUUUAGGCGCAGAGUUCGAGUUGCCCACGCUGCCAGGCUGAGCUGGCUCCCAGCAGAGCCAGCCUGUGCUGCGAUGUUCCCUGCCACCUGCCCACCCCGUGGUGGCCCACGAGGAGCAGCUUGAGCCCCGGGCCACCCUCGCUGGCCCCUCCUGUGCCUGCUGGGACCAGCGUGGCCCGAGGAGGGGCUGAGCCCCACGGAGAGCGAGCCCGGGGCUGCGGAGCAGGAGAGGAGCUGCGAACAGCAGCGCUCGCUCCAGGCUGGUGCAGCUGGCACCUGAAUUGUCUAAUAAAGUGUGAAAUUGCUUUCAUGCUCUGC